CUAAGAUGGCACUGCAUGGCCACUCGUGUCUGCCGUAGAUGCCCCGCUGCUGGCUGGCGCGUCGAGAGAUGCCGGUGUUACCACGUUAAGAGCAGAGGAAGGGGCCUCUGUCGUGGUGCCGCUGUCGUGUUCUUGCUGUGGCGGCUUCUGGGUCUCAUCGGCCGGGAGGAAGGGAUGCAGGACGAAGGCACAAAUUAGGAGCAAAGAGCUGAUGACGAUGAUUGUCAGGAACACACAGCGGGUCCCGCCGAGAGCAAACAAAACUCCCCCAACAACAGGGCCAAUAACUGUGCCCACAUCACUCGAAUACGCCUGCACGGCCAGAGAAAAGACGAACACACCACUUGCUCCCGAACACACGAGCGCGGUUGUCUGAGCAGUGCACUGCCCACCACUCCGAGAGCCGAGGCGACGAUGGCCUUUGGGUGCGUCUUCGCGAUGGCCGUGAGCAUGAGCGGCCAUACAACAGCGGACGAGAUUCCGUGAAGUGCCCUGGCCACAAAGUAGCACGGCAAGGAAUUCUUGAUGGCGAACACAAUGCUGCCGGUGAGCAGCACUGCACACACACACACACACACACACACACAGGUGCACGUGUGGCGUGUCUUAGCGCAUUCCUGUAUCCCUUUUGUGGCUUGCCUGGGUAUGGGAACCAGAGCAUUGUACGCCAUCCGAUGUGGUCGAUGAGCCAGCCACUAAACGGAGUCAGGAUCAGGCUGGUGAGUGGGUGCCCGAUGUACACCACACCCUGCACAGACAACACACACAGGCGCACACACACAUACACUCACACAUUCCCACGACGUGGCCGCGUUAAUGCUACGUGUGUGUUUCGUUCACCUGAUAGAAUGGCGUCAAGUGCAACACUUCAGGUGUGAUGGGAAUGAUGACGGUGUACAAGAGCGUCUCGAAGAAUAGGGUGGCCCAGGCGAGCGCCAACAGGCCAUAGUGGAAGCCCGAAGGAAUGCGAAGGCGAAACAGCGCCAUAUCCUUGUCACAACUGCAGUCUUCUCGUC